CGGUGAUGCUGCAGGUCUGACGGUCGGUCGGACACACCGAUCUUAACACUGCAGCUACAUCAGGUGUGCGUGUAGCGCAACAGCGUGACAACAGCAACGCUUACUUUUCCUGUUUCCCUGAAAAUUAAAAGCUCGUCUCAGGCGCUACUCUGAGCUCAUGACUCUUCCAGACUCCUUCAUCCAACGCCAGCAGCUGGAUGCUAGCAUGGCCGACACCUUCCUGGAGCACCUGUGUCUGCUGGACAUCGACCAGGAGCCAAUCGUAGCCCGCAACACCAGCAUCGUCUGCACCAUUGGCCCUGCGUCUCGUUCCAUACCUAAACUACAGGAGAUGGUGAAAGCAGGAAUGAAUAUCGCUCGACUCAACUUCUCUCACGGAACUCAUGAGUACCAUGGUGAGACUAUCAAAAACAUCAGGGAGGCUGUGGACACGAUCACCUCCGACCCCUUGUACUACAGGCCCGUAGCCAUCGCCCUCGAUACAAAGGGUCCAGAAAUCCGGACAGGUUUGGUAAAAGGGAGUGCGGAUAACGAGGUGCAGCUGGAGAAGGGGGCUCAUGUGCGCGUGGUGACAGCGGAGGAGGAGAAGGACAGCACGGAUGGGAAGGUGAUCUGGGUGGACUACCCCAGCCUGCCCAGCGUCAUCCAGCCUGGGGGGAGGAUCUACAUCGACGACGGCCUCAUCGGCCUCAAAGUCCUGGAGACGGGCCCAGACUGGGUGGAGGCCGUGGUGGAGAGUGGGGCGGUGCUGGGGAGCCGUAAGGGGGUCAACCUACCGGGCUGUGACCUGCUGGGCAUGCCUGCGGUCAGUGAGCGUGACGAGGGGGACCUGAGGUUCGGGGUGUCUCAGGGCGUGGACAUCGUCUUCGCCAGCUUCAUCCGCUCGGCGCAGGACGUGCGGGAGGUGCGGCGGGCGCUGGGGCCGAUGGGGCGAGACAUCAAGGUGGUCAGCAAGGUGGAGAGUAGACAGGGCGUGCAGAAUUUUCAGGAGAUCCUGGCUGAGAGUGAUGGAGUGAUGGUCGCCAGGGGCGACCUAGGGAUAGAGAUCCCCGCGGAGAAAGUCUUCAUCGCUCAGAAGAUGAUGAUUGGCCGCUGCAACUCCGCUGGCAAGCCUGUCAUCUGUGCCACACAGAUGUUGGAGAGCAUGGUGUCUCACCCCCGGCCCACCAGAGCAGAGGGCAGCGACGUAGCCAACGCUGUGUUGGAUGGAGCCGACUGUGUCAUGCUGUCUGGAGAAACCGCCAAAGGACUGUUCCCUGUGAAGGCUGUUGCCAUGAUGCACUCUAUCUGCCGAGAGGCGGAGGCAGCCAACUUUCAUCAGCAGUUAUUUGAGGAGCUUCGUCGUUUGACCCCACUGUCCUCUGACCCUACAGAGGUCACAGCCAUCGGAGCCGUGGAGUCCUCCUUCAAGUGCUGUGCAGGAGCCAUCAUCGUCCUCACCACCUCCGGCAGUACGGUCACACUGUCCUCCACAUCUGACAGCUGUAAUACACACACAGUCAUGUACACUACACACACGUCAACCUCACAACUCUCCAAUCCUCUCUCUGUCUCUCUCUCCCUCUCUCAGGUCUGGUCAUCUCCUGUCCAGGUACCGCCCUCGUUGCCCCAUCAUUGCUGUAACCAGGAAUCCCCAGGUGGCUCGCCAGUCCCAGCUGCUGAGGGGCGUGUUCCCGGUGCUGUAUCACCCUCUGCCCGCGCCCGUCUGGGCGGACGACCUGGACAACAGAGUCUCCUUCGGCAUGGACAUAGGAAAGGCAAGGGGGUUCUUCAAGUCAGGAGACAUGGUGAUUGUGGUGACGGGAUGGAUCCCUGGCUCGGGACACACUAACAUCAUGAGGGCUGUCAAUGUGCCCUAAAUACGCUGCUGCUAUUGGACACUGUGACUAACGGACAAACAAACCAACCAAUGACAGAGUGAUCAUCCGUCACCACGGUAGCACUACUCACCAGAAGGCUCUAGUGUGCCUUAAACAGAUAAAGGAGAAUAUAUUCCCAAAAGCCUGUGACUACCACGUUUAAUGCCAGUGACAGUCUCUACUCUAUACUUGUUUGUUGAUCAGAGAGGCACUGACUCCGUCCAAAUAAAAGAUUAAGC